AUGACUGGUGAAAUAUUUCAUUCACUUGGUACAAAAUCAAUUGGAAGAGGGAUUCUACAAAACCUCCAAAAAUUGACCAAUCGAAAGCAACCACCAACACCACCACUCACUGCUGAACCAGUGAUGGCUGCCAUGAGCAGAGAACCCACCCCUCUCUCUUUGUUUGAGAUCGUUGACACUCCACCCCCAACACCGGGACUGCAACAACUGACCUGGCAAUUACCAGAAGUACUACCAAGAAUGUUCCUUGAAUCAUCCAACCUAACAAGAUUUACCUUGUUCCCAUUCUUGCCCAAGGAACUCCGCAUCAAGAUCUGGAAGUUAGCUGCUACUCACCCUCGAAUCGUCCAUAUCACCUACGAUCAUCCCACCGAGAGUUUGGUCUCGCUUAGCCCAGCUCCAGCUCUCCUCGCCACUUGCGGAGAAGCUCGUGAGGAGCUCCAGCCCCUUUUCAAGCAACUGUCUCUCCCAAACUCCGCUUGUGGUUCUAUCAUCUAUCUCGAUCUCGAAGUUGACACUUGCUACAUCCGUCGAGCAACUACCUCCAUGGAAGAUGCCUCACCAUACACCGCCAAUUUCACCACCACCAAGGCCAUCUUCGGCAACAACGACAGCAAGCAACUGCACGCUCUCUCCGCCGUCAAGCAUCUCGCCAUCGACAGUUCCCUCAUCGAUUCUCCCAUCGAACUCCAUCUCAUCUGGGGCGACUGGGACAAAAACAGCAAAGCCUCCGAUCUCAAGCUGAAGAACCUCGAAACCUUCAAGAUCGUCUACGCACCCAUUGGCCCCCGCCCCACUCUCCGCAAGAUCCGCGGUCAUCCCCGCAUCAGCUACGAUGAUCUCGACGGCUUCACGCUCCUCUCCAAAGAAGAUCACUGGGAGCGACGCCGUCGUCAUCAACCCAUCAACAACGGCGAAUGGAUGACCGAAUCACGAUUCAAAGCUCGCGAAUUCUCCUACCGUCAAGGCGUCUUCGUAAAACAGGAUCCGGUCUUCUUUGCUCGAAAUCAUAUUUGUGAAGAGGGAGGUGAUGGCGAGCGAGACUUCUAUUGUCCCGGUUGUCGUGUCCCGAUGAGUUUGGGUGCCUAUCAAUCGUAUAUCAACAUGAUGGCGCGCGAUGUCGCAGGUUGGUCAAAGCCGGAGUUUGAGGGCGUCAAGUAUGAGAGGGUCGAGGAGAGAGAUACAGAGUACUAUUUGUGGGCUUGA